AUGGAAAGUUGCAGAAAGGGAGAAAGCAAACAUAUGCAUUUCCUAAGUAAUGUCAAUUCGAAAAAAAAAUUAAAUAUCGUAGAAAAAAAACGCAUACUAGAAAAAGUGCACAUACUUCCCAUAAAAAGAAGAGUCGAAAAUGCAGAUUCGCUUUAUAGAAAACUGCAGCUGUUGAUAAAUGACAAAUGCGUCCUGUAUGAGGGGUUCAUAAUUGGCGCAAAUGGAGAAAAGGAAAGGGUACCCGGGGGGAAAAAUACACGGGAAAAUCUAAAGGAAGACGUCUGGGAAACCCAAAAGGAAGGACUAACAAAUGACAAGGGGGGCCGGACUAAAAAUGAAAACCACACAAAAAACACAGAUCUACUCGAAAGAUUAAGUGGCGCCAAAGAGGGACCUUGCCCAAAUGAAGACUCCUGGGAAGUUGCGGAUAGGAAGGAAUCGGACAGUCACACAGAAAGAAAAAAUUCCAGUGAAAAUUGCACGGAAGAGGACAUUAAUAAAACACCCAAUAAUGACCAGAUUUGCUUACAUGAAAAAUGCACUAAAGAUAAAUUAACAGACGAAACUUCCCAUUUUAAAGAAAGCACAGACUACUACGCUGUUGUGAAUUGCAUACCUUCCAAGGGAAUCCUCACUCGGGACACCCUAAUUUACACGGAUGGAAAAUACGUCGAUAAUUUAAAAAAAAUUCAUCUCAUAAUAAUACGAGAUAAAUACUAUAAAAAAUAUGAGAAAAAAUUGAAAAAAAAAUUUUUUUCUUUAAAAAAAUAUCUACUUAAAAAAGGCAAUCAAUUUUUUAAUGAAGCCAUGUCCCUCAUUCCCUUUCCCUUUGAGCACUUUUGGAGUAAUUGCACUGCAGAAAAGGGGAAGAGAAAUAGCACCUUCGGAGGAAGCAUCAGGGACACUGUCACACCCCAUCCUACCACCAUCAAGAGAAGAAGUUUCGUCCUGGAAAAAAUCCUUCUUACCUGUCUGCACCCUUAUUUCAAGAAAAACAGGACUAAGCUAUUCUACUCUGGGAAGCUACUCAUUAUAAAUAAUUUCUCCUUCCUCGUUGUAAAGAUAGAUGCUGACGUGAACGUGGGCUUCGUGGAUAACUCUACGGAGAUUUUCUUGAAUGCAGACACGUAUGACCCCUUUAGGAACGUGCACAUAGUGCCCCUGUACGACACAUUACCGACCACAUACAACUAUGACAUCUUCACAGACUACAUCAAGCCCUACAUAGAGAGGCACUACUUAAGUUUGUUUUCCAUGCACGACACCUUUUUUUACAAAGGAGUGCAAUUUAAAAUUAUGGGAAUCGACCCAAUGAACAUAAAAUCUGGAAGAGGAAGAAUUACCCCCAACACAUUUAUAUACACCGAUGGGGCAAUCAAGCCAACUUUCUUCGACGUCAUUUCGAAUGAAUCCAUAAAUUAUAUCCAGUGCUUACCAGUGGAAUACAAGCCAUAUGCCGUUCUGAACAUACUGCAACAGUUAGAUGCAGAUUCUUUGUUACGGCUGUUCCCAUCAACUAACGCGAAUUUGCAGGAGACUGCCCUCAACGAGCAGCGCAUUCUAAGCCAUCUGGAUAAGUAUAAGUAUGUAUAUAGGGACAACACACGGGGGGAUAGUCAGGGAGGGAAGAUGCUGCUAGACGUAGAUAUGGACGAACCGAUAGAUGGAAAGAAUAAAAGUCACAACUUUGCAUAUGAACAGUGUGCCGUCUGCUUCGAAUAUUUUGAGAACUACGACAAGUGCAUCAAGUUGGCUUGUCUGCAUACCUACCACUGGAAGUGCGUCAAAAGCUGGUUUAGGUUUAAUCUCACUUGUCCGUGUUGCCGCCGUGAAUUGAUCCUUUAG